UGUGGCUUACGGAUAGCAGCAUCCACAGAGCUCCGAUCGGCAUCAUCUCGUCGACUCAUUGGGAUCGUGCCGCUUUUUAGCAUCAACUCUCGCCGUUGAUCGACCGGCGGAAUAACCGCCUUCACGACCUGGCGGCCACGAUGCGACAACAAUAGCCAUGUGGCUCACCACUCCAUCGGCCGAGUCUCUCACUCGGCCGCGAAUCGCUGUUGCUCUUGUCUCGGCCGUCGCCGCAGCCUCGAUCGGAUACUACGCCUAUCAGAACCGGCUCAGCACCGCGCCGGAGGCUGCCCUGCCUGGCAGCGGCCUUCACAGAAGCAACGCCGUCCGCCGAAGCAGGCGCCGAUCCCGCGGACACAGACACAGUGACAGCUCUUCUUCCUCCGAGCUGCCUGCCGACGAGAACGCUGAGAAUGCCGACCACGCCGAGGGCCAAGACGUCCCGGCCGCACAGCCCGUGGGCGAUGGCGAGACCGUCGUAGAAGCCGCCAACGAAGAAUGGUGGAACGAUCCGAGCAAUUAUCCUCCCCAGCAGCGAGCCGGCCAUAACAUCGUCAGCCUUCUCUUCCGGGUGUCAGAGGACAAUGCCAAGCGCAACGGCUGCGUCCACCGCGGAUGCCAGUGUAACUCGUGCGGCAUGGUCCCCAUCCGUGGGGUUCGCUACCGCUGUGCCAACUGCGCCGACUUUGACCUCUGCGAGACGUGCGAGUCCCAGGGCGUGCACAUCAAGACGCACAUCUUCUACAAGAUUCGGAUACCUGCACCCCCGUUUGGCCCUAGGCAGAUGCAACCCGUGUGGUACACAGGAGAUCCCGACAGCUGCCGGCGGAACUUGCCCCGAGCUCUGAUCACGAAACUGACGCGGGAAACGGGUUUCGAACGGCCGGAGCUCGAGGCCUUUUGGGAACAAUGGACUUUCAUGGCAAACACCGAGUGGAGGGACGACCCCAGCGAGCUCGGCAUUGCCAUGGACCGUAAGACCUUUGAGCGAUGCCUUGUCCCGACGGGUGGUUCGCGCCAUGCUUCUCCCAACCUCAUUCACGACCGGAUGUUUGCCUUUUACGACGACAACAAAGAUGAUCUGAUAGGGUUUUCCGAAUUCCUGCGAGGCCUGUCAUAUCGUAAGCGGAAAGAUAAGCUUCGGAAAGUCUUUGACGGAUACGACCUCGAUGGUGACGGCUACGUCGACAGACGUGACUUCCUUCGCAUGUUCAGAGCCUAUUACGUCCUCUACAAGCAGAUGCACAAAGAUAUCCUCGAUGGUCUCGAAGACCAGCUGCUCGCCAGCUCCGAAGCUCAGCAGCUCGUCGCCAGCCGCCAACCCCUGAGCAGCCUCUUUGGGCGAGAGGGUAGAGUCCCGACAGCAGACGGGCCCCUGGCAUUCAGCGGCAAGACUCUUUAUCCCGACGGACAUGUUGAGAUCGACGUUGGGAUGGAGGAUGCAGUCGUACCUGAUUCCAGCGACACGGCCGAUCGAGAUGAAAUCCUGACCAACCUCUUUGCUUACGACACCGACCCGUACUCUCGUCGACGGAUGCCGCCCACGGAUGAUGUAGACACCAAUUGGCGUACCGUUCGUACCCUGACUGCCAACGACGUUGACCGAGCAUACUUCCUGGCCUUGAUGCACCCGCCUGCGAGUCUCGACGAACUGCCUGGAGCGAUAGCGGGCAACAACGGGCUCGAUGAUAACGCUACGGACGAGACAUCGGAGGACGAAGCAACUGAGGACAAGGAAGCAGACGAGGAUCAUGACAAUGCUGGUUAUUCGUCAUCCCAACGCCACGAAUCCUUCACAAACGUUUUCCGGACAACCGACAGAAUCCCUACAGAAAGCGAAAUCAGAGCAAGCUAUGUGAAUCAUUAUCGUCAACACGGCCCCCGAAUGACCCGCCGACGUCAGGACCUGGCUCGGCGCCAGCUCCACGAGAGGUGGAAGAGGAGGCACUUCUACCUAGACGAGGAAGAAGGCGGAGAGCCACCCUCACAAUGGGAAGAAGAGGAAGACAUCUUGGAAACAUCAGGCAUCAUGGGGGAGAGCUCCAAAAGAGCUAGCCCGCACCUCGCAUCGACGCACUCGCGCUCCAGCUCCAAGGCCCGACUGGCAGAAGACACGAGCGAUCUGGAGACCCAGUCCGACAGCUCGGCGUCCUUCACAAGCCAACCCGAGCGCUGGGCGGGGCUGGGAAUCCCCGUCGCCGAAAAGGACGCUGGCAAGGAGAUUCUCUAUCAGGUUACGCAGCAGGCGUUCAACGAGCUUCUUGAUAUCAUCUUCAAGCAGGCCGAAGAUCUUGCGGUCCAGGCAGCCGCAACUAAGGAGCAACGUAUCAAGUACAAAGCCGCAAUCGACGCUGUGAGCCUCACGGAUGACAAGACGGAAAACGGCAACGGCGACCCGCAAGAAGACGUAUCGAUCUAUGCUGAGAAGUCGCCUCGACAUAAGACACUCGAGGAGCUCCUGGAGGAAUCCGGAUACAUGCUUGACUCGAGCCAUCAGGAGCCCCGAAAUGCAGUUGAGAUUAGCAUUGUGGAGGAAAUCAUACGGGAAGAGCAUGCUCUCGAAGCCGGCGAACACUCAUCGAAUCCGGCCGAGGGCGAGACGACCGAAUCCGAGUCUGAGUCUGUGGACGAAGCCGAAGAUGAACAUCGCGAUCCUACCCUGCCACAGUUCCGUCCCAACAGCGUCCCCGCGGCUCCCCCAACGGUACCAUCAUCGUCCUCGUCCAAACGCAAGGAGAAAGAGCCCUCUAAGGAUGGGGCCAAGACGGACUCGGAAAAGCCACCGGCGCCCAAGAAGAUAUCCAGUGAACCAUCAGCCAAGACGCUACGGAGAUGGAAGAAGCUGAACCUGGCCGAGCAGCAGGCGGCCGAGCGAGGCGGUUGGGGCAGGCUCAACUUUGCCGAGUUUGAGGAGAUUUACAAGAAUCAGGAGCACCAGGGUAACAGGCUGGACUACCUCGGCAGCUGGAUAGAUUUCUGCAUUCCUUAG